AUGGCUGCACAUAUAUGGAGAUCAUGGGUCAAAGCACUUGAUGUGAAGCCACUGGAUUACAAUCUCAGGCUCACGUUUUCUGUCAACGUAAGAACAAGACUCGAAACCCUAAAACUAAGAAAAGGGUUUUACGGCAAUGUGGUAUGUUUGGCCUGUGCUAUGAGCAGUGUCGACAGUCUCAUUAACGACUCUCUCUCUAAGACAACACGUUUGGUUCAAGAGGCGAGACUUAGGGUUUCAGAGGAUUACUUGCAGUCUAUGGUGGAUUACGUUGAGGUAAAUAGGCCAAAGAAGUUAGAGUUCGGUGGGAAGCUAACGAUAACGCAGUGGACCCGGUUUGAAAUGUAUGAGACUGCGGAUUUUGGAUGGGGUAAACCGGUUUAUGCAGGACCAAUUGACUUGAGGCCUACGCCACAGGUUUGUGUGUUGUUGCCUCAAGGAGGAGUCGAAUCUGGCAACGACCAAAGCAUGGUCGUUUGCCUUUGCUUGCCUCCUUCUGCUGUUCAUAAUUUCACUCGGCUUCUAUCUUUAAAUGAUUGUACAUAA